AAACUGUUGGUUAACUCACAACAAACACAAACAUUAAAACCAUUUUACUUUCGGUAUUCAUUUCUGGGAACAACUGUCAAAACGAAACCCUUUCAUGACAUCAAUUCGUGUGACUUUGAGAUCGAGAGGAUGGCAUUCAAUAUACUGAGCGCCGAUAGAAACACAUUAAGUGUUUACUUCCAAUUACACCAAACCAUUGAAAUGCAAUUCUGCGAUCAUUCGGAUGUGUUGUUGGGUUUCGUUGCCAUUAGUUUAUCUCAAUUCGUAAAUCAAACUCAAACCGCAUUCAAACCAAUUGAGGGCUCUUUUAUGUUGCUUCCGGACAACGAAACGAUAGACAUUUCCGAUCCCUUUCCAAUUGUCGGCGUUUCUAUUGAACUCAGAAGUGAUGACAAAAUGGAUUUACAAAAACCUGUUGCCAUUGAAACACAACAUUUGAACGAAUUGAAGAGUCCUUUGACUAAUCGGACCAAAGAUGGAAACAAUAGUAAACUCAAACCCAAUGAUAAAGAGUCAAUUGAAUCGGAUCUAAACCAUUACUGCUUUGCUAUUGAUCUCAGAAAUAUUCGAGUCAUUGAUUCAAGUAUUCCUCAAAUCAAUUCAUGUUAUCUUCAAUUUAUGUACGCUUUCUUUGGACACACGGAAAGCAUUAAAACAUUUCCAUCCAUUAAGCUCUUAGCUGACGAGGAAGUGGUGAUACCUCAUGGCUUCUGUGCCUUUAAUUUUGCCACAACUCAACUAAAACUGGAGAAAACUUUUAAAGAAAUUCCUUUAAUCAUAGAAAUGAUUGAAGAGACGAGUAUUCACACGAUCACAGGUGUGGCUAAAGUGGAUCUCUCGACCAUUUUGCGCGUCAAACCAAACAAAGCCGAAGCUAAACAAGCGGUGAAUACGAGUGUUCCGGUGCUUAACGAACAAAACAAGCCUUUGGCUCAGAUUCAGAUCAUUAUGUUUUUGCAAAAUUAUGGCAAAACAAAAAUACCUCUUUUGCCUAAUUUGCAAGACGUGAGUGCAAUGAGAGACAUGGACUCAAUGGAUGGUAAUACGAGUCAAACACUUCACUUCUUGGAUGACUUAAUGACUGAAACGGCGCUUGAAAUCGAAUUAUGGAAAGAAAAACAAUUGAUUUUAUUUAGAGAGCGACUCAAACAAAAUGAAACCCAAUUUCUUAAGGAAUUGUCGGAAAAACAAUCGCAAAAGGAGGAGGAAGUGAAGAGAAAGUUAGACGACUUGACACAACUCGAGUCCAAACUGUUGAAGUCUUUGGAAGAGAUGAAUGCCAGAGAAAAUGACAUCAUUUUGAAAGAGAAUGAAAUUGAGUUCAAACAAAAGGAGAUUAAUUUGAGAUAUGAAACACUUAAUGAUGAGAUUUCGGGCGUUUUGAGUGAACUUAAAGACGAUUACGAACAGAGAAUCUCUUAUGAGAAGAAUAAACUCAAAGAUGUGGAGUCAGAGAAAUGCAGAUUUCAAGAAAGGGUUUAUUCUCUCGAAAGGAAAGUUAAAGAAAAGGAGAAUAUAAUCAAAGAAUUGGAGGAAAAGAUUAAAGAAAGAAAGACAAGUGAAACACGAAUUGGUUCUAAAGAGCCAAAGACCACGACAUCUGUGAAGACGGGGCCGAAGAAUGCCAACACAACGCCUAAAGCUAUUUUGGUGACCAGAGAACCGUCUCUAAGCAGCAAAGAGGGCAAAGAGGGAGGUCUCGACUGCACGAACGCCAGUCGAGGCGUUUGGUUAGUCAAGGUUCCCAAGUAUAUGAACAGUCGGUGGCAGAGGGCGUCCCCCAUGACUGAGAUCGGAAGACUUCACAUCACUAAAGGAUCCAAUGGAAAGCCGGAAAUAUUAUUCAAUUUAUCGCAAGAGUUGACCAAAAGUGAGACAAACGAAGCGACCAAAGAAGCGUUGAUUCCGACGGAACAUCAGUUCGCCAUUUCUGACAUCAAGUACCAGACGUUAGCCGUCUUCUCGCAGAAGUCAGAUGACUCGUGUUCAGUGCUGGCACUCGAGGGUAAUGUGGUUCAGAAGGGCGAGUGUCGACCCAUUGGUAACGAUAACUACAUGAACCUGAAGAAGGAGACCAUCAGACAGGCCUCACAGCCGACCAGAACUGUGCAACAGUUAGAUAAGGCUGUCGUCAACUACAAGCCCAUCGCAGCGCACAAAUCAGAACUGGACUUCGAGUCGAAGAAGAAAUCUGAGGGCAAGAAGUCUCGCGAAGAUAAAGACAAAGUACAAGACGUGUUGUUCUCGGCCUUCGAGAAACACCAAUACUAUAACAUUAAGGACUUGGAGAGAAUCACACGACAGCCUAUCCCAUACCUCAAAGAGAUUCUCAAAGAGAUCUGUCACUACAACGCAAAGAAUCCACACAAGAAUAUGUGGGAAUUGAAGCCUGAGUUCAGACAUUACAACAAACAAAACCAAAGCUGAAGACAACAACACAUUUAAAGCGAUAAAAUGUUUUAUUAAAAAAAUAUCUCAAUAUUUACAUAAUCUUUGGAAUAAAAUAUCAUUAAUUUCUAAAUUAUCAAAAGA